AGCUUCUUGGCUCCUUCUCGGCUACUCCCUUGUUUCGGCCCGCCUGCCUCCACUCCAGCCUCCGCCAUGUCCGUCAGGGUGACCCAGAAGUCCUACAAGAUGUCCACCUCCGGCCCCCGGGGCUUCAGCAGUCGCUCCUACACCAGCGGGCCCGCCACCCGCAUCAGCUCCUCAAGCUUCUCCCGGGUGGGCAGCAGCGGCAGCUUCCGGGGCGGCCUGGGCGCCGGCCUGGGCCUGGGUCUGGGUGGAGGCUACACAGGGGCCGGUGGCAUCACAGCCGUCACCGUGAACCAGAGCCUGCUGAGCCCCCUUAAGCUGGAGGUGGACCCCAACAUCCAGGCGGUGCGCACCCAGGAGAAGGAGCAGAUCAAGACCCUCAACAACAAGUUUGCUUCCUUCAUCGACAAGGUGCGGUUCCUGGAGCAGCAGAACAAAAUGCUGGAGACCAAGUGGAGCCUCCUGCAGCAGCAGAAGACGGCCCGUAGCAACAUGGACAACAUGUUCGAGAGUUACAUCAACAACCUCCGGCGGCAGCUGGACACUCUGGGCCAAGAGAAGCUGAAGCUGGAGGCAGAGCUGGGCAACAUGCAGGGCCUGGUGGAGGACUUCAAGAACAAGUACGAGGAUGAGAUAAACAAGCGCACAGAGAUGGAGAAUGAAUUUGUCCUCAUCAAGAAGGAUGUGGAUGAAGCUUACAUGAACAAGGUGGAGCUGGAGUCUCGCCUGGAGGGGCUGACUGACGAGAUCAACUUCCUCAGGCAGCUGUAUGAGGAGGAGAUCCGUGAGCUGCAGUCCCAGAUCUCGGACACAUCCGUGGUCCUGUCCAUGGACAACAGCCGCUCCCUGGACAUGGACGGCAUCAUUGCCGAGGUCCGUGCCCAGUACGAAGAGAUCGCCAACCGCAGCCGGGCCGAGGCCGAGAGCAUGUACCAGACCAAGUACGAGGAGCUGCAGACGCUGGCCGGGAAGCACGGGGAUGACUUGCGUCGCACCAAGACGGAGAUAUCCGAGAUGAACCGGAACAUCAGCCGACUGCAGGCUGAGAUCGAGGGUCUUAAAGGCCAGAGGGCUUCCCUGGAGGCUGCCAUCGCAGAUGCAGAGCAGCGUGGGGAGAUGGCCGUUAAGGACGCCAACAACAAGCUGGCCGAGCUGGAGGCCGCCCUGCAGCGGUCCAAGCAGGACAUGGCGCGGCAGCUGCGCGAGUACCAGGAGCUCAUGAACGUCAAGCUGGCCUUGGACAUCGAGAUCGCCACCUACCGAAAGCUGCUGGAGGGCGAGGAGAGUCGGCUGGAGUCUGGCAUGCAGAACAUGAGUAUCCAUACCAAGACCACCAGUGGCUAUGCAGGUGGCCUGAGCUCACCCUAUGGCUCCGGCCUCAGCUACGGCUUUGGCUUUGGCUCUGGUGGGGGCUCUAGCACCUUCAGCCGCACCAGCUCCUCCAGGGCCGUGGUGGUGAAGAAGAUCGAGACCCGUGAUGGGAAACUGGUGUCUGAGUCCUCUGAUGUCCUGCCCAAGUGAAUGGCCACCGCAGCCCCUCCCAGUCUGCCCCCUCCUGGGGCCCCCCAGAGCCUGUGGAGAAGAUGGCUUUGCAGGGGGUAGCCUAGGGGACGGGAACCCCUCUUGAGGCUCAGCCCUAACCCUCAGCCCACUCCUGGGGGGAAUUUACUGCCUGGAGUUACCCCCCUCUUGCCCGUGCCCCCAGCUAAGAACUAAUUCGAUUGUGUUUGGGUUUUUUCCCCCAGAAUAAAACUUCGGCUAACUCUGCCAA